AUGACAAAACUUUUCACCCCCCUCAGCGUGGGCCGCAUGCAACUCACCAACCGCCUCGCCCUACCACCAAUGACCCGCCUUCGCGCCGACGACACACACACCCCUCUGCCAAUAAUGAAAGACUACUACUCCCAACGCGCCUCCGAGCCAGGAACACUGCUCAUCACCGAGGGAACCUUCAUCGCCCCACAGGCAGGCGGGAUACCGAACGUCCCGGGCAUCUGGAACUCUGCGCAGAUCGCAGCAUGGAAGGAGAUCACAGACGCAGUGCACGCGCAGGGCUCGUAUAUCUACGUCCAGCUGUGGGCGCUAGGCCGUGCUGCCGAUCCGGGAGUUUUGAAGGCCGAGAAUGCCGAAUUUGAGGUUGUUUCCGCCAGUGCGACCAAGUUGACUGCGGAGCAUGCCGCCGCGCACGCGCUGAGCGAGUCCGAGAUCCGCGAAUACAUCGACCUCUACGCGCAGGCGGCGCGGAACGCCGUCGCCGCGGGAUUUGACGGCGUCGAGAUCCACGGCGCGAAUGGGUACUUGAUUGACCAGUUCAGUCAGGACAUGACCAAUACCCGCACCGAUAGCUGGGGCGGCAGCAUCGAGAACCGAUCCCGCUUCGCGCUCGAGGUCACCCACGCCGUGAGCGAGGCCAUCGGCGCAGACCGCACGGCUAUCCGAUUCAGUCCCUGGAGCACGUUCCAGGGGAUGCGCAUGGCGGACCCGGAGGGUCAAUUCUCCUACCUUGCGCAGAAGAUGGCAGAGCUGAAGCUUGCGUUCGUGCAUCUCGUUGAGCCGCGCAUCUGUGGAGCAGGGGAUGCCGAAGGUGUCUCCGAGACCGAGAGCCUGGAUUUCUUCCUACGUGCCUACGCCGGCGCUAGUCCCGUCGUGAUUGCGGGUGGGUAUCAGUCGGACUCGGCGCGUGAGGCUGUUGAUACCAAGUAUAAGGACUACGAAGUGGUCAUUGGCAUUGGGAGGCCGUGGACCGCUAAUCCGGACUUGCCGUUCCGGAUUAAGAAUGGUGUUCCCCUUGUGCCGUAUCAGCGCGAGUUCUUUUAUAUCCCCAAGGAUCCGAAGGGAUAUGUUGAUUAUGAGUUUAGUAAGGAGUUUGAGGCUGCCAAGGUUGCUGCGGCGGCGGCGGCUUGA